AUGCACAUCUUUUUUUUUUAUCAAACUUUGUCCUUUGCCCAGACAAACUACGUUUCUAAUCAUAUAUUCAAAUUAUCAUCUGGUCUCUCGCGUUCAAAAGUAUUACUACCAACUUUUCGAGGUUUGUCAACAAGCAAUGGACAAUCUGCUGUAUCAUAUACUAUUAAGGAUGACAUCGCUGUUGUCAAAAUGGACAUACCUGGUGCAAAACAGAAUGUUUUAAACGAAUCUAUUACUGAUGGAUUUAAUAAAGUUUUUGAUGAAAUCAACAAAAAUGAUUUAAUUAAGGGUAUUGUUAUAAUGUCUGGUAAACCAGGAAGUUUUGUUGCUGGAGCUGAUGUAACUAUGCUUCAAAAAGCUGGUAGUUCAUCUGCAGUUGAAAAAUUGUCACGUGAAGGUCAAGCUCAAUUUGCACGAUUAGAAGGAUCAAAGAAACCUAUAGUUGCUGCUAUUAUGGGACCAUGCAUGGGUGGUGGACUUGAAUUAGCAUUAGCUUGUCAUUACAGAAUUGCUGUAAAUAAUAAUAACACUACCAUGGCACUUCCAGAAGUCAUGUUAGGUUUGAUGCCUGGAGCUGGAGGUACACAGCGUUUACCUAAAUUGGUUUCUGUCCAAAAUGCCUUAGAUAUGAUGUUGACUGGUAAAAAUAUUAAACCACAAAAAGCUAAGAAAAUAGGACUUGUUGAUUUGGUUGUACAACCUUUAGGAGUUGGUAUUGAAUCGGCAGAAAUUGGUACUCAUAAAUAUCUUGAGAAAGUUGCAAUUGAUACUGCUAGGAAUAUUGCUAAUGGAUCAUUAAAAGUAGAAAGAGUUCGUCCAUUAUUCGAACGUGUACAAAAUUAUUUACUUUCAAGAAGACCGUUAAUCGACUCCGUUGUUAUGAGAAUGGCUAAAGAUAAAAUUAUGAAACAAACAUUAGGAAAUUAUCCAGCUCCAUUGAAAAUUCUUAGUACAAUUCGUACAGGAUUAGUAGAGGGUUCUGAAGCAGGUUAUGAUGCAGAAGCAAGAAGUUUUGGAGAGUUAUCUGAAACAGGGGCUUCACAGGCUUUAAUUGGUUUAUUCCAUGGUAGCACUGAUGCUAAGAAAAAUAAAUAUGGUGAAGGAAGACCUAUCAAUGAAGUUUCUGUUAUUGGAUCUGGACUAAUGGGUGCUGGUAUUGCUAAUGUUACAAUUGACAAAGGUAUUACUACUAAUUUGUUGGAUGUUAAUCAAAAAGCACUAGAUCGUGGAAUGGGUCAAAUAUUUAGUCAACUUGAUGGAUCAGUAAAAAGAAAGAGAUAUACAAAAUCUGAGAAAGACGUUUUUGCUUCGAAAUUAAACACAACUACUGAUUAUAACACAAUUAAAAAUAGUGAUAUUGUUAUUGAAGCAGUUUUUGAAGAUAUGAGUUUAAAACAUAAAAUAAUUAAACAGAUUGAAUCUGUUGUUGGAGAAAAUUGUGUUAUAGCAUCAAACACAUCUGCUCUUCCAAUUGCUGAAAUUGCUAAAGCAUCAAAAAAACCAGAAAAUGUUAUUGGAAUGCAUUAUUUUUCACCAGUUGAUAAAAUGCAACUGUUAGAAAUUAUAACACAUGACAAAACUUCCCAGGAAACUAUUGCUACUGCUGCUAAAUUAGGUUUUGCUCAAAAAAAAUUAGUCGUUGUUGUAAAAGAUUGCCCCGGCUUCUUUGUUGUUCGUUGUUUAGGACCAAUGAGUGCCGAAAUCUUUAGACUUUUGCAAGAAGGUGUUGGACCAAAAGAAGUUGAUACUAUGACAAAGAAAUUUGGUUUCCCUGUUGGUGGUGCUACAUUAGCUGAUGAAGUUGGACUCGAUGUUGCUAUUCAUGUUGCCGAAUUUUUGACAACUAAACUUGGAAACCGUAUGGGUGGAGGAAACAAUGCUUUACUUAGAGAACUUGUAAAUGAUGGACAUUUAGGAAAGAAAAAUUCAAGUGGUAUUUUCACCUAUAAAAAAGAUGGUAAAAAAGUUAAAAAAGAAGUAAAUGAAGUUGCUGCUAAGAUUUUUGAAAAAUAUAGACAAGAUGCACCAACUUCAGUUUCAUCAACAGAAGAUCGUCAACUUCGUGUCGUUUCACGUUUUGUAAAUGAAGCUGCUUUAUGUUUACAAGAAGAAGUUAUUCGUUCUCCAUCUGAUGGAGAUGUUGCUUCAGUCUUUGGAAUUGGUUUCCCACCAUUUUGGGGUGGUCCAUUCCGUUUUGUAGACUUGUAUGGUGCUCAAAAACUUGUAAAAAAUAUGGAGCGUUUUGCUAAUGCUUAUGAUUCAGCACAAUUUAUGCCUUGUGAUUUAUUAAUGGAUUAUGCUAAAUCAGGAAAAAAGUUUUACAAAGCAUAA